AUUUUGAAAACUAGCUAUUCUGAUUUUCAACUACAAGGCGUUUUAUAAAACUUCAAGAGAAUUUAAAAAUUUUAAAAAAAACGACUGUUUGACAACAACCAUCAUGCCUCCAAAACAGAAAUCCAAAGCAAAAGCUGUGCGUGUAGAACCAAUUGUGGAAACAGUUGAAGAAGAGCAAAUCAUUGAACAACCAUCACAAGAUUCUAUACCAGACCAAGAUGUGGAUUUGGUUAAAGAUUUGAAUGAAGAAUUUUUUAAUUCAGCAAAUAAAACUAUCCAAAAUUUAGUUCAAACAAAAAAUUUACGAGAUGCUGGAAGAGUUAGAAAAUUUAUAUCUAUUUUGCACAAUCUUCACAAGAAAUAUGUUGAAGAAUUGAAAAUCAAUGCAGAACUAAAACCACAAGUGGAACGUGCGAAUAUUAAACUUCGGUUAGCUCUUGAAUUGACUGGGAACUCACAAGAGGCUAUGAAUAGAAUGAAAGAAGUAUUAGGUGAUUCCUGGCGAGAAACUGAUGCAUCUCAAACUCGCGAACAGGACAUCCAACAAAAACUUUAUGAUCUUAUGGCAAAGUGUAUCAAGUAUGAGAGCAAAGAAAAUACCAAACCUGAUGACAGUGCAGAAUUUGGCAACUUGGCCAAGUAUAAAAAUAUCAUCCUCCGAGAACGAGAUCGCAUAAAUGCCGAACUUAUGGAUCAUGAAAAACGAUUACAACUUCAACGAUAUUAUUCAGAGUCUUUGGAAUAUAUCAACAAAGUUGCCGAAGAAAAUAUCAAUAGAAUUAAUAGUCGAAUGAGGUUAAUUGAUUCUGAAAAGACUAACUUGGAAAUUAAAGUGAAAAAUCUAACAAAUGCACUAGAAGAUCAAAGAGAAUACAAUGCAUCGACUGUUUUGAAAUUGGAACAAACUAAUAGAGAGUUAUCCGAAACUCAACAAAAACUACUCAAGAAAUCUAUGGAAAUCGAUAAGCAAAAGUUGUUGAUUGAAAAGUUUCGAGGUGAGAAUCUAGUUUAUGGUAGGCAACAAACAAAACAUGAAGCAGAUAUGGAAGUUUCUAAGAAAGAAAAACGUGAUUUAGAAGAAAUCAUAAGAGUUUUGAGAGCUGGGGAAAAGCAAAAAACUGAAGAAAUCAAUCAACUUACUAAAAGAUACAAGAAAACGGUGUACGAUUAUGAUACACUUUCUCAAAAACUGUACAAAAUGGAUCGUAAACUGAAUACACUUAAUGAAGAGUCUGUAAAACAGAAGAACUUAUCAAAUGCUCUCGAAAAAGACCUAUUAAACUCUGCUCAAAAAAUGGAAGACACUCGACGCCUCAAAGACUAUGUUACGCGAGAACGUGACAGCUUACGCAGUGACAUAGUCAAAUUGAAUAAUCAACUGAGCGAUCAAAAACAUACCAACAUGAUGCAAGGCAUCAAAAUUGACAAUCUUAAUUUAGACAUUCAAAAGCUCAAUGUUAAGCUAGAUGAAGCGAAAAUUAACAUUUCGAAAGCUGAAAAAGAACGUGAUGAAAUGGCACAUGAAGUUGAAUCUCAACAUGAACGUAUUGAAUAUCUACAAGAACAAAUUCAAUUGAAGACCGAUCAAGUUACCGAUUUGACUGAGAAACUUACAGCGAAGCAUGCUGCAUUGAUAAAUUUGAAGAAAUUGCUUGAAGCAGCCCAUUCGGAGAAAAUGAUGUUGCAGCGAUCGUUGGAAACAUGCUCUCAGGAAAGAGACAAUUUUAGGGUUUUACAAAAUAAAGCAAGUAAUCAAAUGGCACAACUUUCAGCCGAGAUCAAUGCCAAUCAAAACAAAAUCAGUGCUUUAAGUUUGAAGAUUGAAAGGCUAAAUAAUGAAAAGAAAGAUUUACAGACGGAAUUAAGAUCGACGAAGGCGGUUUUAGCAAAUGUUCGAAAGGAUUUGAAGGAACUUAAAGUUAAAAACGACCGUUUACUCAAAACUAUAGCUGAAGACGAAAUGCGUUUUUUGAACCUUUCUCAUGAGUUGGAUGAUACUCGAAAAGACAAAAAUCUCAUUGGUCUUCAAAUGGUUCGGAGGAACGAUGAGAUUGUGCUGUUGAAAGAGAAACUCCUGAUAAUACAAACAGCAUUAGAUCAAGGUCAAGUUCAAUAUAAUCAAAGAUUGGAAGAUAUUCGCUUACUGAAAGUUGAAAUUACAAACUUGCAUACCGAACGGGAUUGUCUUGCAAGAGGUAUUAAGAGCACAGCUGAUAUGCGAAUUGAAAUAAUUCGCUUGCAAAGAAUACUCAAUGAAGAAAGGGUGCGUUCUAGAGCUUUGACUGAAGAUGCUCGUACGCCUGCUGCUAUUCAUCGCUGGAGAAUUCUGAAAGGCUCACAGCCGGGAAAAUAUGAUUUAAUUCAAAAAAUUCAAAUGCUUCAAAGACGUAACUUGCGGCAGGAAGUUCAAAAGACUCGUCUGGAACAGAAGCUCCGGGAAAAAGACAAAAUUUGUGAUUCAAUGAAAAAAAUUGUAGAAAAUCUUCCGACUUCUGAUGUCAAGAAUAAGCUGUCAGAAAGUCAGUGGGCACUUAGGGAAAACGAAAAGAAACUGAAAGCCUUAAUUGCAGAAUUGAGCGUUAACGAAAUUGAGCUUCGGGCUAGAGACUGUGCCAUUGAUGAGUUGAAGACUACUCUGAAAUUAAGUACACAAUCGAUGAUUGAAGAAAAGCGAAAAUUAUCAGGAAUAGUCUCUCCAAAGGGCAAGCUUAUAGGUACUACAAGAAGCUCAUCAUCAUCUCUUAAUAAUUCUCUGAUCUCAUUCAAAUAAAAAUAAAACCAAACUCCAUACA